CGUUGCUCGUUGUGUGUCGUACGUGCGCUCGCUCGCUCAUCGCUCUAAUUAAUAUUUAACAAUAAAUUUUAAUUAAUUGAACAAUAAACUCUAAUUCCAAUAAAAAAAAUAAGAAAGUGUUAAAAACACGUUCAUUUUAAAACGCCAGCCGGUAUUACAACAACAAGAACAACACAGCAAAUGCUUAAUCGGAGUUACAAAGAUACUUUUAUAUUUUCACCAAAGUAAGCACACUGCACCAAACAACGGAAAAACUUGAUGGUUUAACCGUUUUUUCCUAAAUUACGUAUAAAAUAUAUGAAUAUACAUAUAUGUAUACUUAUAUGACUAAUCAAAGUGAGAUUUAGUACCACAGUCUUUCAUAUAUGUAUCGAUAAUUAAACACAUUUUUUGCAAUAUUGCACGAAACGUUGAUAUAGUGAGCUUUUAAAUUUUAAGUAAAAUAUAAUUUGGUUCUUAUAAAAGCAAUAUAAGGCACAGCACAAGUCACAAAAAAUUAAAGAAAAUUCACGGAAGGCGGCGAAGACUAGAAAAUUUUAUACUCGUAAGACGGAAGGUCUACGCAGUGAAACGACGACGGUUUCUCGUGCUCGUCGCUGAGCCAAAAAUCAACUGUUCCUCAAGUCGCGUUUGAAUUGUUCGCUCCGCGAGACGCGGCACGGCGACGAACUACGCUCAGUGUCAAGCAGUAACCGCCACAACGGCGCGCAAAAGGCAUAGCAGCACAUCAAAAUCGAAAGAUUCAAUAACGCAACGCUGCAAACGAGACUAGAGCCGAUACGCUUCGGAGAGUCAAAUUUCUCUCUGGAACAGAAUUGAUAGUGCGCGAGAGAAAAUUAAAUGUGCGCGUGUAUGAGUUCAUGUGCUGAAAAUUAAAACUUGCAAAAGAAGAAGCACCACGUUCGUUGUUGACGCUGACACAGCGACGUCGGGUUAACUAAUAUUUUAUUUUCGGGUAUAUUAAUCGCUAGUUAAAAAAAUACGGUUAUUUGUUAUCAUUUAGCGUGGUGUUUUUUAAAUAUUAACAAUACACUUUUCUCGGGCUUGAAAAAUUAAAAAAAAAAAAAAUAAUGAUACAAAUGUAGUAAAAAGGUGUGUAUCGUUUGGAGUCUGGCAUAAAGCAUCUAAAAAAAACCCUACACCCAACGUUUCAUUGUAGCAGCAGCAACAACCACAGGGAAAGCUGAAAGCGAUGACCAUAAAGCGAUAUAUGCAAAUUUACCAUAAUUUGUUAAAUAAAUGAAAUAAAAAAGAGACUGCGAUAAGGAACAACAAAUAUUUGAGAAAUCAACAAAAGGAGAAAGAAAGGAAGACUUAAUUUUUCUAGUAUUUGGAAUGAACUACAAACAGUUGAAAGAUUUAUUUCAGAGAAACAAAACAAAACCAAAAGCUUUUUAAAUACGUAGCAUACAAAACACAAAGCAAGAAUUGAGCAAGUGGCAAAUCAAUAAAGAACACAUUAAACACUACAUAACGAUUAUUUGUCCUCGCAUGGACUAAAUACAUCAUACGCAAAGUUUGGAAAAUUGUGACAGGCGUAACAAAAUAAAAAAACAAAAAACUAUAUAUGCAUACAUAAUUAUUGAUAAGACCAUCAAGCUAAUAAUCCAGCCUUCAAGCAUAUCAUCGUAAGCUGUACACAUUACACAAAACUUGUCUUGAAUUACAGGAAUCAUAAAAGUGACCUGGUGGAGCAAAGUCUUCGAGUGUUGGGUAAAAAGAGUGAUACAAACAAACAUUUUUUGAUUUCCCUAAGCAAAAACCGAACACUCACGCGUUGGACAAAGCAAAUGUAUAUCACUAACAGCAACAACAUUGGUAUGGCCACGUUGUUGCAGCAGAAUAAGGCUACUUGCAUGAAGACUCUUAUAAAUGGCGGCGGGAGUAGUAACGGCAACCCCGGGAACAACGUCAACAACGCAGGCAUAGUUGUUGGCAAUCUAGUAAGUGGCGUUGGGGCAGGAACUUCUCAGGUGGGCGGAGCAACGGUCGCAACUAUUGUUGGCGCCAGUGGCUCAUCAAAUGUAGGCGGACUAGGUAACAGCGGCGUGGGUGGAAAUCUAGUGCUGUCCGCAGGGCAGGCCAUUGUUCUCACAAAUGGCACAACUGGUGCUAGUAGUAUCAUAAACUAUCAACAAUAUCAACAAUUGUUGCAACAACAGCAGCAGCAGCAGCAACAACAGCAACAAAUAGCAUCAACAGGUUCAAGUCACGCUACUACAAACGCAGCAUCCGGUGCACGCAUUUUGAUGCCGCACGAAAUGGUGACCCUUCCGAUUAGUAGCAUUGUAACAACGAGCGGUGGCGGCUUAGCAUUGAUAACCAGCGCUAACACGGCUGGUGGAGGUGUUACGCCGACACAAGGUCACUUCUUGGUGGCAGCAACUGCUAGUCCUGCGAUACAUCCUAUCCAAACGACCACAAUGGGCACUAGUAGUGGUAAUAUUAGUAGCUUCCAGCAGCAAUUCCAACAGCAAAUUGCCGCACAUCAAACCACUACCACCAACAAUGUGGUGUCAUCAGCUCCAAAUAGUCGUACAACAACUACAAUUUACACACAACAACCAGCCACUACAGGCAUAGUCUCCACGGUGCCUACAACCCGUUACUUUUCGCAAUUCAGCAAUCAGCAACAACCUACGUCUAGCAUUAGCACCGGAACUACAACAUCAACAAUUGUUGCCACAAAAGCUGCUGGCAACCGUACCACUCACGUACUCAUCAAUCGCUCCAAUAACACUAUCAUUGCUGGUAAUACUACACAACGUUUGCAGCAUGCGAAAAUUUUAAAUAAACCACCGAUGAAUAUUGCAGCGACUGCGGCUGCUGUCGUAACAAAUUCCGUUGUCGCUAAUAAGUCUCAAUUUAAUCAUAAUUCUCAUUCUCCUGCCAUACAAGCUGUGAAGCUGCAACAACAACCACUACGCCAAAAUAUUACAGCCUUGCAACAAAUUAAGCAACUGGCUCAAAACCAACAACAACAACAACAGAAGAUACAACUAGUUAAACCUAACGUGCACAGCAGCAAUGCGGUGACAGUGACUGCAACGAAAACGACAACAGUUGCCAACACCUCUGCCGCUUUGCGUAACUUAUCGAGUGGGAGCCAGGUGAACGGUGGCCUCAAUUUAGUUCCUAACAGUAAUAGUAUCUCGGGCAACAUUAAUAAUAAGAGUGGAACUGUGGCAGUUGCCUCGCCAGCAACGCUGCAGCCGAAGACGUUGCCAACGGCAGCUGUAGUGCCCCAAAAACAGUUCCAGAACCAGCAGCAGCAGCAGCAGCAGCAGCAGCAGCAACAACAACAAAGUCAAAGCCAAAAUCCACAGCGUCAAAAUCAGCAGCAGGGACAAUCACAAGAACAAAAACCUAUAGUUGCCCAUUCCCGCACCAUACCCGCCACAUCUCAUGCAGCGACACAUGUUGCACCCAACAAAACUGCCAAUCUGGUUGUUGCGACAGCUGCCGAUGGCUCAGCUAGCGCAGAAGUCGCGAGUACUGAGCCUGAGGUGGAACCAGAGAUCGAUAUUGUCAUUAACAAUGUGGUUUGCUCGUUCAGCGUACGUUGCCAUUUGAAUCUGCGUGAUAUUGCACUCAAGGGUCUCAAUGUGGAGUAUCGUCGAGAGAACGGUAUGGUUACGAUGAAGCUGCGCCGACCUUAUACAACUGCGUCUAUCUGGUCAUCUGGACGUAUCACGUGUACGGGAGCUACGUCUGAAGAACAGGCAAAAAUUGCUGCACGCCGCUAUGCUCGCUGUCUUGAAAAACUCGGCUUUCGAUCGCGUUUCCACAAUUUCCGAGUGGUGAAUGUCCUGGGCACCUGCAGCAUGCCGUGGGCCAUUAAAAUUUUAAACUUCUCCGAAAAGUACAAGAAAGAGGCCAGUUACGAACCCGAAUUACAUCCCGGUGUUACGUAUAAAUUACGCUAUCCAAAGGCCACUUUGAAGAUCUUCUCCACUGGCAGUAUUACUGUGACGGCUGCAAGUGUUGCUAAUGUACAGGCUGCCAUUGAACACAUUUUCCCACUGGUCUACGAGUUUCGCAAGAAACGUUCACCCGAAGAGUUGGAACAGUUGCGCAUUAAGCAACAACAGGCCGCUUUGGUCGAUGCCACUGAUGUGGAAGAGGUGCUAACUAACGACAAUGUCGUUGAAACUACCCCAAGUGUGCCAACAUUGCAGCGUAGGCGUAUAAGUAACAGUGCAGUUAACAAUUUUAAGCAGAAGCGCAGAAGGCUGGAUGUGGAAAUGGAUGGCGAAGGCGGCGGAUCGUUGGCUGCCGAUGAAGAAGUUGAUGAUCCCGAAGCAAAGGAGAAUGAUAAUAUUGUGAUGUAUGAUCCGGAUGAUUUGAUUGAAGGACCCGAUGAUGAGGAUGAGGUUCUUUAAAUGAGAGUUGAGAGAUGAGAGAUGUGAUACGCAUGCGCAUUGAUUGAGGAUAGUUAUGAAGCAUUCAUGUCGUUUGAUUAUGUAGUAUUAUGGUUUCAAACAAAAUUUCUAUAUAUCGUAUAUUAAAAUAAUAUUUAAACUAAAACGAAAAUGAGUUUACUACAAAUUGCUGUAAUGCAGACGAAAUAUGAAAAGCAUUAAACAAGACAACAAAAACAACAACAAACACAAAGAAAGAAAGGAAAGAAAACUACAUAGGAUAUAAUAUAGUAACUGUAAUAAAUGAUUCGAAUGACAAAGGAAAGCAAGUGAAUUGACUAUUCAGUUUCACGCCUUACAAAUUGCAUAUUACAACACAACUUGAACACAUCAGAAACCAAAUCAAAUCAAAACUAAUCAAACAAAUGGAGUUUAUUGUUAAGCAAAGAAACCAACAAACAAACAAACAACAAACAAGCAAACAAAAAAACAUGGACGACGAUUAUAAUUUGUUGCUCUUACUAUUUUUGUGUGUGAUUACACAUUCUUAUAUGCGUAUAUUUUAAGAACUCAUGUACAAUCGGCGCAUCAACGCCACCAUACAUAUAAUGCAUAUGUAAGUAUGUACGUUCCAACGUGGUGGCGAUGAGGUUUCGAGUUCAGCGCAAAAAAUACAAGCAAUGAAAACAUUGAACGCAAAUGUUGAGGAGUCUGCGAACUGCGAUCUACUAUGGGAAUUGUGAGCCAAAUAACUACAACUAUUUUUAAGAUAUUUUUUAGCUUCCAGUGUGCUUUGCUGAGUUACCAACGUUAUUUGCUACAACAAAGAUCUACAACAACAUCAGAUUACCGAAAAUUGCGAAAGUGCAUUCAAAUUAAAAAUGUUUCACUUAAGGAAUUAAGCAAAUAACACUAAACAACAACAACAACUACCAUGUAACAAUAAUUUAAACAGAAUAAAGAAUAAAAUUUUUUGUAUGAUUACUGAUUAAUUCUGAUUAUUCGUAUGUAAAUGUAUUUUUGCGCGUAAAUUUAGUUUUAAUAAUUCACUGAUUAGUUUAUUUGUUCAAAAACGGCUUUGCUGCUCGUUGGUUAUUUAUUCUAAGAAUUAUUAGCUAUACACAUACAUACAUACAUACAUAUAUAUAUGAUGACUAAUAUACAUACAUACCAAUAUGUAUACGCGUAUGCAUAUAUAUGCAUAUAUAAAUUGCGUUCAUAAGAGAAAGAAAAACCACCGCAACAAACACAUAUACAUAAUUGAUUUAUUCACUAUGAAGAAUCGUAGAAUGUUACAUAAUUUAUUAAUCGAUCGAUCAUAGCACUUUAUUUACCUAACGUUUAGCAUGAAUUCGUUUUAAGUUCUUAUUUUACAUGUACGAUGCAAGAAAUACACAUACACAUACAUACCUAUAUACUUAUACUUAUGUAUUAUUGUAUCGCAAGGAAAGCUAUUGUAAAAAAUUUUCAAUUGAUUUAUUCAAACGAAUGAAUAUUGUAAUAACAAACAUUUUUUUUUUAUUAAAUCAAUUCGAGUUAUACUUAAUUAUAUUAAUUAAUUCAAUUAUUUUAAAGCAUCAAUUAUAAUGAGAAAGUGCUUUGAUGUACAAUACACAUACACACACACACACACGCAUACAUUUAUAUAUAUAUAUAUAUAUAAAUAUAUACAUAUGUAUAUGUAUAAACACACAUACAUGCGUAUAUUUAGUUUAGUAAUAUAAUUUAAUGAUUUAUGUAGCAGUAAACAUUAUUAUUACUUUCAUAGAAUGGCAAUCAAAGAAGACAGACAGUCAAAUCUGUUAUGCUAACAGCCAACAGCCAAUAGCCAAAUGGGCAUAACUAACAACUAACACUAUUUUAAUAAGACAUGUAACAUAAUUUAUAUAAAUUAUAUAAACAAUCAAACAAACAAAAGCAAAAGCAAACAAACAAACAAACAAAAAGCAAAGAAAUCGCAAUUAUGUGGUUUGCAGAGGAAUGAAAGCAAAUAACGGUUAUUGUAAACAGAGUUAAAAGUACUAAUUUAUAUAAAAUACGAGUACAUAUGUAUAUCUUCACUUAUCUGGUCACACUCAAACCAAUUACCUACAAACUAAAAGCAAAUACGAAAAAAAAAAAAACAAACAAAAAAACAAAAAAUGAUAGACUACAAUAUUUAGCAUACACACAAAAACAUACAUUGUAUUUGUUAUAUUUAUACUAAGUACAUAUAAUCACUAAAACAAUUUAAUAUUUAAAAUCACAAAAACAAAAUAAGUAAAUAAUGAACCUUCUGCAGUAUACAGCUAGGGAGGGGUAGGGAAGGCAAGGUGUUACGCUAGCAAACAAGGCAUUAUGAGGGAACUGCGCAGUUUUUUAGAGAAUAGUGGUAAAUGCGAAAACAGUUUUGGCGCCAUGUUGCAAAAAGUAGAAGACAAAAAAAAAAAUGAACAGGAGCGCGCGCUUUUGUCUCUAUUUGCUAAACGGCAAGCUUCGUUGUGUGUUUCUUCACGUGUAUUUGGCAAUUACAAAAAGGAAAUGUACCCCUUAAUCGCUACCGUUUUUAUGAGCUACCACCACCCAUAAGGGGCAAGAUUUCAAGAUCCAGCGAGUUAGUCGUCGGCUUUAGCAAAAACGCGAAUGCUUAGGUUUUUAUAUGUUAAAAAAAAAAAUAAAUAAAAAUAAAAGAAAAUUACACUAAUUCUCAAAGAGACUAAACAAAUUGAAUGCGCCACCACUACGCAACUAAAGCGCAACAUUUGUGUGUGCAAGUUAAUUAAAAUAUUAAUUUAAAGUGUUUCAUGCUGGCGUUUCCUUUCAUUGCAUUGUUGUAAAACACAAAGACACACGGCUGCAGACUUGAAGAGAAAAACAAAAACAAAAGUAAUUUUUAUAUGCCAGUAAAUUCAACGUGCUGCCAACUGACAGUUUCCUGUUGCAUAAUUCCCAAACACUCACUAUACAAAAAAACACAUAUACCACAUGCAAUGCAUACAUAAGAAUAUACAAAUGUAUGAAUUGUGUGUGUGUAACAUUUGAAUAAAUGUAUUCGAUUCCUUUUGCGUUGAAAUCUGUGUGUAACAAUCAAUACUCGCAAAGCCGAGUAGCGGAGCAAUACGUGUUGUUGUAGCAGCAUACUCGUACAUAUUCCCCAUACAUGUGCGGCGGGGAAUGCUGCUACCACAGCGUGAGGAGAAGAAGUGUUGGGGUAGGGCAGUGCAGCGCUGCAGUGCUGGCUAAUGCCUUUUACCUAAUCAAAUAUAUACGCAAAUAUGUAUGUAUUUACGCACUAUGAGUUAAUCAAACUUUAAGAAUUAUAAAUUUUUGUUCCUUUUCAUUUAAUAUAUGCAAGUUAAAAGUUUUCAACUUACUACACACACAUACACAAAUAAAGAAUAAUUAUUAAACAAAUUAGUUAAUUGCAAAUCGUAUUAGCUGAAAUUAAAAGCAAUCAUUCACUAAUUUUAUUCAAAGCAUAUUUUUAUAUGUAUAUGUAUAUGUGCAUACAUACGUUGUGUAUGUAUGUGCAUUGGAUGGAAUGCAUAACUAGCGCAGAAAUAUCACAUUUCAUUUAGAAUGCAUUGAAUUCAUGGAAGUUAUUCUGUUAAUUAUUAUAAUUUUUGUUCAAAUAAGUUUCGCAAUAAUUGGCCGUGUGCGCAUUUUUAGUAUUUGAUAAUUAAAAGAAAAAAACAAUAAUAAUUAAAUGCAUACAAAUCUAUACAUACAUAUGUAUGUAGAGAAACUACACACACACACACACACACACACACACACACACACACACACACACACACACAAUCAUAUUCAAAUUCACACACACACACACUAACAACAUAUACAUAUGAGAACGACACAUACUACAUACAUAUAUAUAAAUACAUAAAUACAAACAUAUACUAAACAUACAUAUGAAAAUUAGAAAAAAAAUUAGUUAUAAAAAAAAAUUUAUCGAUACUUGAAAACCAAAUUCUUUAGAAAGAACGUAAAAAGGAAAGAUUUACUCGAAUUGUUAAGAAAUUAUACGCCUAAUUUGUGUAUGCAAUUAUUUGAGUGGCAUAAAUUUAAUGAAAAACUGUUAAAACAACAAAAAGAAAAGAAUAAAUAAUUAAAGUGGCCUGCAAGAAUGAAAAGCGAAAGGUGUAAAAUUCAAGUUAAAAAAAAAAAGAAAAAUCAAAAGCAUAAACAAAUCAUAAUUUGCGUAUUGCAAAAAAGAACAAAAAAGCAAAAGAAAUAACAGGCAAAUUGCCGCUUAAAACCAAUUUUAUAAUUUAGGAGCAAAAAAAAAAACUAAAUAAAGAGAGAAAAAUCCAAGUUUUAGAAGUAUGAUGUACAACCAAAAAUAAUAAAAACAAAAACACAAAAAAAAUCACUUCAAAUUAAAGCGCUAAAUCAACAUUACAACUGUGGA